AUGUUGGGGAAUGGAGAUGAGGGAGGACCUAUUAGCAAGACCUGGCCCCCCAAGGAGCCAACGAGGUCCACACCUCACAGGCUUCACCCUAGACUUGCCCAAGGCGGCUGGAGCCAGAUCUAUAGCAAAGUGCCGACAGCACCGCAUGAUGUUCGCUUCAUACGGGUGCCUGGGGGCUGGCGACCUCGUGUUCGGAAGGCACCCGCUCUGGAAAUCACACUGGCGGCCGCAAGAUCAAGGAUUCAGGAUGUUAUGACGCUCUCGCCGCAUGAACUUCCAGAAGGCGAGCCAUCGCCGCGCUGGGAGGUUCUCCAGGGCAUGCAUCGUGACGUCUCGCAGGCUUCAAUGAUGACUGCCAGCUCGAGAGUGACAACUGUUGGGCCCAGCGCUUUGUCUCUGACACGUCCAGACGGACAGCCGCGGGAAAAGCGGCCGUACAGGCGUGAUCCGCACCUGUCUCCUGCCAUCCGACAGUGGCCGUCGAGAUUUCUCAAGGAGAAUCAGCACCACCUGGAGAGAGCCCAAGUCAGCGACGACCCGCUGGACAACGCUUUGGAGGAGCUGAAGACCUUGAUCCUCAAGCGAAGCACGUCUCGGGGGAGCAGCAAGGCAUCGAGCAGCAGGUCACGGCGGAGCAGCCCUGCUCCUGCGGUCUCCACCCGUGCGAGCAUCCUGGGCCGCCGUGGAAGCCAAAUGGGCCUGACAAGUCGGCGUGGCUCCAUUGGCGAUCUGUCCGAGAAACUGCGACGUGCCUCUGCAACUUCACUGGGUGUGUCCUCAACCCACUCCAUGAGUGACUCAUCAGGCGAAGAUCCGUUUGUGGCAGCUCGCGCAGCUGCGGAAGAGGCACAGGCUGAAGCCGAGGAAGCAGGACUGCCUUCUGAACUUUGUCGUCAGAGAAGACAGGCAUGCUAUGCGGAGGCUCUGUUGAAGAUUUCAGACGUGCACGACCUCCAGAACGACCGGCUGCGACCAGGUGGCGGUUUAGAGGACUUCGAGGAGGUCGACACGGAAGUCGAGAAGCUGAUAAAGGAAGACAUUGCUGAACUGGCGCAGCUAUUCGCCGAGUUCGACGGUGGCCUUGAGGGCAUUAUGCAGCAGCAUGACCUCCGGUCCGUCCUCAGACUGCUCGGCCGUGCGAUGACCGAAGACGAAGUGAGGAAUCUGCUGAACUGUUUGGAGUCUGUCGACGAUGAGAAUGGAAGUGGCAGGGACAUAGACUUCCGCGAGUUCGUUGAGCUUUGUGACAUGAGGUUGCACACCGAGAAGCUCUAUCUUCGUGGUUUCUAUCGAGAACGCUUCCGUGGUGCAAGCAGCAACAGCAUCCAACCGCAUCUGCGAGACGUUGCCGAUGCAAUGGAGGGAGUUAAGGUGCACGUUCGCCCAGAGCAGCUCGAGCGGACUGCUCUGGAGCUAGGCUACCCAGUCUGGGCCGGGUAUGUCACCUUGGAGAAUGAGACACAGCUUUUCGUCCUCGCGCAGAAAUGCCGUGAAUUGGAGAGGCAGAGAGCAUGGGAGAGAGCUGGGUUCUCCUUGGAGCAGGUCUCCCGCUUUCAGCAGCUCUUUGACUCGAUCUCUACAAAGCACAGUGGUCGAGGCAUCCGCUUUGAGGGCAUCCUGUACAUCAUCCACCAACUGGGCAUCAUCCCAAAAAGCCGCGCGGAUGAGGCCGACUUGGAAGCGACGGCAUUCAACGGCCGAGAUCGCUCGGAAAUCCUGUCCUUCCUGGACUGCUUGCACUCUGCAAGACGGUUCUUGGACAAGAAGGAAAUGGAUGCGCGAUCAAAGGAGUUACGGGCGGCCGACAUCGCAGGGAUCCCUCAGGAAGAGCUGGAGAUCUUUCGAGCUUUCUACAAGCAGCUGAUUGCCGAAGACACCCAAGGCAACAAGAAGGACUUCUCUUACUUCGCUCUCUGCCGCGGGGUGCAGAUAAUGGGCGCAACGCUGACCGUUGAGAGGAAUGCUGAGCUUGAGCAGAUGUUUAAGGAGCAUGCAAUGUCCUCCAGCGUCUCCUCCAAGCUGCAUCUUCCAUUCCCAAAGUUCAUCGUCAUGAUGGGCACUCUGUUCAAGUUGGACUUUGCCGGCCUCAGGACAACUGCUGCCCGGAGCCACAACCACGAGGAGGGCGAGGAUAGAAUUCGCAAGCUAACGGUGGCUGAUGGGCCUCAUGCAGGGGAAGAGCUGAUUCGGUUCGAUCGACUGCGGGGCAGCGGCGGUGGCUUGGGGCGCUCUCAGGCCUCAUGGGGAUCAGAGGAUAAUCCCAUGCUCGAGCAGGUCCAGGACUCACAUUUCCUUUGUUUGGAUGGAGCCAUUGCUUUGGCUACCGGGGCGCGCUUGGCAGUGUAUCGCUUCCAGCUCCACGUUCAGGACAUGUCCGACGACAUCAAACGCUUACAGAGGCUUGGCUCCUACCGUUGCUGCGGCCUGCUGACGUUGCCUCGCGAGCCUACCGCUGGGCAUGGGAUUGUUGCCCUUGCGGCCAACAACGCCGUGCUUUCCGGGACGGUAUUGGUGGCGUCAUCCAGCAAACGCCUUUACGUGUGGGAUGUGGCUGCCGAGAAGGUGCUUGCUGCUGUCCCAGAUCCAAUCCACAUGAAGGCAGUCACUUGCCUACGCAUGGCACAGCCGCACGCCGGGCAGAGUGCAGCGUCAAUGGACAUGUUCUAUUCAGCUGGGCUGGACGGCUGCAUCAAGUUGUGGGAUCUUCGGACAAUGCAGGAAUGUCGUUGUUUCAGAAGCGGUCAUGUUCACACAGCACAGCGGCUGCACUGCAGGUUGAGCCCAUGUUUGCGCUACAUGGCCACGCCAUCUGAAGACGGCUGUGUUUGCGUCUACGACGUACGGACCGGGAAUGUACUCGGCACAAAGUUCUGCCACAAGGACACGGCCGUCGCGGUGGAUCUCCACCCACGAACUGGAGCAAUGGCCAGCGGAGGAUUUGAUGGCAUGGUACAAUUCUUCCGAUCGCCGCUGUCAUCGGCCCCAGGCCGGCCAGCAGGCGGUGGAAUGCGAUCGGACCGGCUCCGCGAAGCUGCACCUGGCCUUCGCGAAGUGGAGAUGGAGCUGCCUUUCUGA